GGUAAAUACAACACCGGGGUAAGCUGCUAUACCGCGGGUUAGUACGGGUACGGUGUUGAUCUUCCGACCCGCGGAUAUACCCGUGCUAUACCCUACCAACAACUUCUUUGGUUGAGAUCCCCGAGCGCCACCAUGUCUUCUCCUACCGCUAAGACGUCAGCAGUAACUCCCCGCAAGACGAUGCGAGGUCAUACCGAUCCAUUAUCUAACGUUGCGCACCUGCCCGAUGGGCAACGCAUUAUCACAUCUUCAUGGGACGGCUCACUCCGACUAUGGGACCUAGAGAGUGGUGUACAGAUAGGUGACGAGUGGCGAGAUCAGGGGGUUAAGGCGGGAGUAGGCACUAUGGCAUUGUCUCCAAACGGCAAGACUGUUGCGAGCGGAAAUAGGGACAGGACAGUGAGGUUGUGGGACAUUGAGACGGGAAAGGUCAUCGCCGGAUGGCAAGGGCACACUCGAGCUGUGGAGUCAGUGUGCUGGAGUCCAAAUGGUAAGCGAGUGGUGAGCGGAUCAGUAGAUGGGACGGCAAGAGUGUGGGAUGUGAAGCAUGUGAAGAGUGGAGAACCUGUUAAGGGUUUGAAUCCGAUCAAGACGGGAGACGCUGUGCUGUGGGCGGUGAGUUACUCACCCAAGGCAACAAUGGUUGCGACAGGAGGAUUCAACCGGAACGUCAAAAUCUGGGACGCGAUUAAAUAUCCAGUUCGGUACUCGGACUUUCAGGUGCUCUCAAUUGCAGUCAAAGACAACUUGCCAGCUCGGAGAAAGGCGGACCAUGGAAUCAAAAUCUGGGAUGCAAAGACAGGCAAGCUGCUCAACACAGUCAAACUCGAUGGAUCAGUUACGAGCCUAGCCUGGACAUCAGACGAAAAGAAGCUCAUCUCCGGGUUGUUGAAUGGCUUGAUUAGGAUAUUCGACACUGCCACAUGGCAGCAGAUCGCCGUUCUUCAUGGCACAUCGGAUGUCACCUCCAUCACUUUAUUUCAGAACGACCGCCUCCUUGCGAGUACAUCGUAUUGGGAUAAAACAGCGCGGCUCUGGAAUCUUGACACCAACCUCCAAGUCGGUUCACCUAUCCAACACGAAGACCACGUCAGGUGUUCGGCCUUUUCCGCCGAUGGAAAGCUGCUAUCCACGGGUUGUGUUGAUAAAAACGCGUAUGUUUGGGACGUUCAAGCCAUCCUGAAAACAGCUGGCCUAGAAGACCUCCUGUCCAUACCUGAUAGCGUGAGUGUCACUCACUGUCUCAUCAACAAUAUUAAUCCUGAUAUCAUUUAGGCAUCAAAAGCUGAACCCAAACAGAAACUGUAUACAUCAUCUGGCUCCUCAAGCAAAGAGCACAUUUCCCCAUCCGAGUCGUCGCAGGGCAUCGAAGACAGGUCGUUUCUAGAGGUACGCGAUAC